AUGUCUGCUACCAAGCCUAUAACAAAGAAGAUUAUAAACUCCCCGGAGACAUGCGUGGACGACAACCUGCGCGGCGUGGUGGCCACCUACCCGUCACUACAGCUCCAUCCUAGACACAGGGUCAUCACUGUCCGGCAAAAGACUGACACUGGGAGGGUAGCCGUUCUUGGAGGGGGUGGUUCAGGACAUGAGCCUUUCGCCGCUGGUUUCGUGGGUUCUGGUAUGCUGGACGGCGCAGUAGCUGGUGGUGUAUUCGCUUCUCCUCCGACUGGACACGUUCUCUACGCCAUUGCACAGCUGUACAAGUAUAAUACAGGUGGUGUCCUAGUCAUUAUCGGAAACUACACAGGAGACAGAUUAAAUUUCGGAAAAGCUAUAGAAAAGGCCAAGAUUUCAGGAAUAAAGGUGGAAGGUCUGAUUGUGGGUGAAGAUGUGGCUUCCAGCAAGAACAAGACUGGAGGACGCAGUAUGGUGGGAGAGGUGCUCUUCUAUAAGUUAGCUGGAGCGUUAUCACUGAGAGGUUACGAGCUGACUGCUAUCAGCGACGAGGCGGGGGAGUUCAGCAAAUACAUGGCUACCCUCGGCGUCUGCCUCAGUGCCUGCUCAUUACCUGGUCAGCCACCGCUGUUCGAAAUAGCCUCUGAUGAGAUGGAGCUCGGUGCAGGAGUACACGGAGAGGCCGGCAUUGAGAAGAUGAAGAUGGGCACUGCUAAGGAAGUAGUCGGCAUGAUACUUAACCAAAUUAUUUCACACCUUAAGCUGGUUGGUGGAAAUAGAGUUAUCGCGAUGGUUGACAACUUAGGAGGCACUUCCGUGUUUGAGAUGAACAUUAUUAGCGCUGAAAUUAAGGAGCAACUAGAAAAUAAGAACAUCAAAGUCGAACGCAUAUUCUCUGGACACUUCAAGACUUCUUUAGAGAUGCAAGGCUUCCAGAUUUGUCUCCUAAAUUUGAAUAAAGAGAAGGGGGAUCUAUGGCUGGAACUGUUGGACGCGCCCACUGCAGCUAGUGCGUGGAGUGGAGGACUACUGUCUGUAAGGAGUGAGGGGGAGGAGGGACAUGGAGAUGACGAUACAUUGCUACAGGCUGGUGGGAGGAAGAGUGCAUCAGGCCCAUCUCUUACACUCAAACAACAGGAACUGUUCCGUGGUAGCUUACUAGCGGCUGCAGAAGACCUCAUCAAGAAUGAGGCGUUACUAAAUAAGUUGGAUUCAGGAUGUGGCGAUGGUGACUGUGGGAUUACUCUCAAGAACUUUGGUUUGGCAAUACAAUCAUAUUUGAAGACAGCAUCAGUAGAGUACCCAUCGAACGUGCUAUGGGAUUUAUCAGAGAUCGCGGAGACUGACAUGGGAGGCACGUCUGGCGGGAUCUACAGCUUGGGACUGGCUGCUGCUUCUCAAGCUUUGGCUAGUGCUGAAUCAAUAGAUGUUAGCUCAUGGAUGAAAGCCUGGGAUAGUGGUAUGCAUGCUAUCUCUAAAUAUGGAGGAGCUGAACCUGGAGAUAGAACCAUGUUAGACACACUACACAGUGCAUCAAAGACGUUCAGACACAACCUGAAUACUGACCUGAGAGUGUUGUUCAAGAAGACCGUGGAUGCGUCAGAAGAAGGAGCUAAAGCCACAGCUAAAAUGGUUGCUAGAGCGGGCCGUGCGUCGUACGUGUCGCCGCAGUACGUGCAGGACGAGGACGCCGGCGCGCGCGCCGCCGCGCUCUGGCUCAAGGCCAUGCUCACGCACAUUGGGGAACAUGCGUGA